AUUCCAUUUAAAACGAUCCUUCUGUUUUAUACAUCUACAAAAUUCUUCUUCAUUGGAAGGGAAGGGGCGGUGAAGGGAAUGGUAGAUUACGAUUGGGACGGUGAAUGGACAUAUUAAUUAAAAGAUCAGCGGCGAUGUACCGACCUGAAUAUGCGACGAGCGCGGGAACUGACGUCAGACUAAGGGGUCCGUAUAACGCCACGCCCCUCCAUAACUACCUGGCGGGGGACGGGAAGUCCCACGUGUAUAGAGGCCCCGCCUACUACGUCCCCUCGGAGAACCGCUGGAUAAAAUUCCAUGAAUAUCGCUCACUCCCCCGAGAAACGAGGAGGGACGCCAUCUUAAUGGAAUCAGAGGAGCAGUGGGUAGCGUACCAAAGACAGAGGGACAGGGAAACGCAGCCCGGGGGAAUCACGAUGUCUGGAAAACCGGAAGCUUUCACCGGAGUUCCGGUCCCCACACUACUUCCGUGGCGCGAAAAUGCCUGGACUAAGAAGUGGUCGGGCUCGGGGUACUUCCUGCCCGCGGGAAACAAAUGGUUCCACGACCAGGACUCGCCCGCUAUCCCGCGGGAAUCCCUGAUGUUUUAUAACGAGGAGGACUGGAUCAAAUUUAAAUACAUGACAGAGAACCAAUCACUAGCAACUCAGUGAUCACGUGAUCUCAAUCUUUAUGUUUAUGUAUAUUUGGUGCAAGGACAGAAAGCAAACUUUUUGUAAAUAAUAUUUUUAGUAACUUAAAGAAUUGUUGAUGUUGGAAA